GGUGGUAGGAGCCUGCAGAGCACUGGGGAGCCACGAAGGCCAGAGGCAGCUGAUGGGCAGGCCCCUGACUUCCCUGGGCCCCCAGCUCUCCAGGACAGCACUCCUGGCAGCCGUCCUGCUGCUGCUGUGGGUGAAGCGGGUAACGCCUCAGAAAGGGGGCCCAGGCUCUGAGGAGAGGAGUCAGGACAGGGGGACGCCCCCUCCAGAGCCCCCAUAUUUUCCCUAUUCUCCAACUUCUUCCCCUUUCCCCUACAGCCUGGGGCAGGAGGAAGGUCAGGACCAGUCCCUUCAGUGCAGUUCUCUUUCCCCUGUUCCAGACCAGGAGCAAGAGCAGUUUGAAGAGCAGUUUGUGGCCUCCUCUGUGGGAGAGAUGUGGCAGGUGGUGGACAUGGCCCAGCAAGAGGGCGAACAGACAUCAGAGACGGCGGCUGCCCACGACCACUUAUUCGAUGUAGUCUUCUGCUUUAACCUGGCCAGCAUCAUGGUUUUUUUGUGAGGAACAUGGAAGCUGAGGGGGUAGCCUGGUUCCUGGAUGAGGACCUGUACCUCUACCUCCACCCCAUGGCAGCUUACUGAACUCUCUCCCCAAGGGGCUUCAAGUCACUACCCCAACGCAGAUGCUGCUGGCAGCCCUUUCCCCCGGGACGCAGUGUCAGAGAGAUGCUGGCUCUGGCCUUUCCGUGCCCAUCUCACUGCCUGGUGACCUCCCCACGCUCUGAGCUCCACUCCCCAGGGCCGCAGACCCCGGACCCACGCGCUUCUCUCCCCUGCCUCUCCUGGCUUUGGUCAGAAUAGCAGAUAGGCAGGAGGAGGCAGCCACAAUAAAAGCAAUAGCAAUAAAAUCCUGGGGACAAUUGAGGACAGCUCCAAGCCCUUUUGUCUCCAACUAGUCUGUUUAAUCACCCAACCUUUGGCCCACCGACCUUUAGACCCACCAAAAAUUGGGUCUCUCCUUUCCUUGUGUAUGGAAUGCUGACAUUUUCUUCUCUUAUCUUUUCUGACUUCUAGGCACAGAACAUAGCAGGAAAGAAUCAUUAAAAAACAGGCAGAAGCCAAGUGCCAGCUUUUAUUUU